AUCUGCCUGCUCUGCCUUACAGCGCGGCCUCGAUCUCAACCCAGCGAACAACUCUCUCUUUCCGGAAGUUUGAGGUCACGGGUCACAACAAAAGUUCAUGCAACAUGCCUGGACUCGAGCUGAAUGCACCUAUUCCACCGCCUAUUCCACCUUUUGAUCACAUCUCCAUUUCUCCCGGAUGUCAGACUUCUUCCCGGACAUCGUUAGACCUACCAGUCAGACCGCCAGCCAGAAUUAGAAGCCACAAGCGCCUCUCCGCUCCAGCACCCAUAUCCCGCAGAGAAAGCCGGGCAUUCAACGCACCACCUCCACCACCUUCAACCCACGAAACCCGGAGCUACUCCCGCUCCGUCCGCCGCUACACCCCACGUGUAACCUCCUUCCAGUCCGUUGCCUCCGCCGCCUCUGCCCCAGCAGCCCUGCAAUCCCCACCAACACCCUCGGAUCCGCCCUCCCAGUAUAACCCCCUCCAGCACUACGUCCCCUGUCUCGCCCCUAAUUGCACCAAUCACUACACCGCACACCUCCUUGGCCCAACCUACUACUGCCCCCAGGCCCCCUACCAGCUCAUCCGCAAGCGCGGCCUCUGCCCCCUGCACGCCCACCAGGACCUCAAGCUCGCCAACCAACGCGUGAAAAGCACGUAUGAGGCCAUGCGGCAGAACUGCGGGCGCAAGACGCUCGGCACGAUUGCAGCUGAGUUUGAGGCUUUUGUGGAGCAGGUGCGCGAGGAGCGGGCGGAGGAGAGCAAGAGGAUGGAGAGGUGGCAGCGGCAGCGGGUGCUUCCUUCUGCGGGUGUGAAGGGUAAAGAUGGCAAAGAAGGGAAAGAGAAAGAGAACGGGAAGGGGCAGGUCUGGGAGGAAGAGUGGGACUGGCGGUACUCGCCGAGGCCGUGCACAAGGAAGGGGUGUGACGAGGUGUGGUACUCGCCGUUCGAUAACCGGCUCUUCCUUUUCUACACCACGGCGCGCCCCUCGGGAUUCGUACCGCUGAGCACGCUGUGCCCUGGCUGUGCGAAAUUCGAUGUCGAAAGUGCCGAGGAGCGGAUUGAGGGGAGGAGGAGGGAUGUAGGUGGUGUCGUCGGGCCAGAAUUUGAGGAGUGGUAUGUGCAGAUGGGGAAAGACCGGGAGUUGGAAGUCGAAUACUGGGAGGCUGCGCAGGAGAGGAUUGUUAGGGAGGAGAUGGGGAAGUGGAGUGUGAGGAGCGUGCAGCCGAAGACGACGAAGCAGAGCAAGAGCAAGAGGCUAACGAAGUUGGAUGUUUGUGUUGUAAUGUAG